GUCAUGGCGCUCUAGAUGUGAUGACAUUCAAUCCGUGAAUCUUUAUGAACCGAACAGCAUGAGUGAUCUGGCAACCAUAAAUUUAGACAUCACUCAAAAAGUUUCAAAUGAAUGCCUGGAAAAGAUACAAGAGACAGAUAAGACGGAGCUAUGUGAGGAAAUAUUCAAGUACAGCCCCAAAGAUGAUGAUGCCGAUAAAGUUGAGUGCUCAUUGCGCUGUGUCUUAAAUCGUAACACGCGUGCGGCUGCCAUCGUGGAACUAUCUCGGUACCUGCACACCAUUCCUCGCUUGGGACUCAUCAUUUACGGACGUUCCGCUGUCCUUUCCUCUAUCCUUAUGGAGAUCAUGGAACACUACCCCAACGGUGCGAAACAUGCGGAACUCCAACAAGAAUCUGUUGAUGUUAUCUGCGGUAUUGUCGCCAUAUUUCAGAAGAUUAUACUGGAUCGUGCGGUUCGGCUAGAAUUCCUCAAGACCGACAUACUCCUCUUUCUGCUUCCCUAUCUGAACCGGACUGAGCAGACACGAGAGAUCGAACAACUGAGGGUUAGUCUGUUGGGCUUGUUUGCCACUGCCACUAGUAAGGUGUCUGUCGAAACAAUGGAACGCCUACUGCUUCGUUUACCUACAAAUCAGGGUGGAUCAGCUGAAGUGCCUACGGAUGCCGGGCUAUACGACUACACUGUGGCUGCUUUGUGCUAUAGUACUUCGGAUAUUGGAAAGACAAUGGCACUGAUCCUUCUCACACGGCUCUUGGCAUCCACCAGACAGCUGACAAUGCUUGGGCAGGACAACCAGCGUAUUCAGAAACUUGUGGCUGGUUUGAAUUACAUCAUCAAAUAUGUGGCCAAAAAGUUUAACCCCUGCAACGGUCUGUCACCACUUCGAAGGGGUGUGCACAGCAUGGCGGAUGUGCAUGCGAUAAAUUGGGAAAAAGCUAAGAGGCUACUUCGGUUCGCUUUCGGUUGCCUGUAUAAGGUCACCAGUGAACCUCACAUACGCCUCGAGCUCGUUACAAGUUUACCAGAUGAACUACGGAGCAGAUUGUUUACCAGAAUAUUUGAUAAUGAGGUUGACGGCUGGCUGGAGGGAUUGUGGGACCGACUGAAUAUGGAACCACCGCUGAGGGUAUCAGACGGCUGUUGUGAACUGCCUGUCGCGGAUGAGAGGUGCCGUACGUAGUCAUCUAAUCACCCACCUUCACGUGUUGUUCAAACCGAUUUGAG